UAUCAUACAUCACGAUUCAGAAUGAAAAUCCAUUCAUGCCAUUGCCAUGGUUCUACAAACAGCAGAUUGGUAUGAUCGAUUUUUCUACUUAUUUUCUUCUAUAAUUUGGCGCCAUCUACUGUUUUUUAGCCCCAUUGUAAUAAUACUAAAUAAUAAUCGGCCUACUCAUAUUCUAAUACUACUGGGCCUAACACUAAUACCUACCGAUCAAACUGCAAAUAACAAUAGGCCUUAUUAAUUAUAAUUCCAAGAUGGUCCCCAUCGAAGCACCUGAAUGUCUUGCUCCGAAAGUGCAGAGGUGAGAGGUGAUGUGUUCCAGAGCUGUGGCAGAAGAUGAAGUGAGGAGCCACAGUGAGCAGUGUUAAGCCUCUGCUAGGGUUUCUCCCGUUUAAAUCCAGACUGGGACCUGCUGCUGUCAAUCACACGGUGGCUCCGGGGGGGAAAGCCCGACGGAAGGAAACGCACAACGCCGGAGCACAGCACACUUUGAACAAUGUUCUUAUGUUUGAUAGUGCGUAGGUUAAUCAUUUCCGACAACUGGCGAAGGAAUGCGAGGCAUUUGACUGGGUUGUUUGAGGCCUGCUUUGAACUGACUAAAUAUGUACAGGAAAAUGAAGCGCGAUCUGACUUGAUUAAAGGAUUAUCUCAUAUGAUUGUAGGAUAUGACUGAAUUUCUCCACUUUCUACACAACAAAUGACAUGCAUUUGAAGGCUUUGUAUGCAGUGUAAGAGUUAAAUAGAUGAACACAGAACGAUAUUCAUGUUAGUGAAAUGUCGUUUUCUGUUGUGAAAUGUAAAUUAAAUAGCCUAGCAGUGGAUGAACUAUGUUAAUAACAACUUUUAAAUGCAGUCUUGUGUUUCGGUGAAGUCAACCGAGCCGCUUCACAUCCUAACCUGUGGGCCUGCAAGCUAUCUGCAGUGAUGAGUGACGGGUCUAUUUUAGAAAGGAGGCUGACCCCAAACAGGACGUCGGCUGUUUGUCAUCGUGAGGUACCAGGGAAGAAAGAGAAGGGAGAAACAAUGGAUCAGGACCUGUUUGGGGGGGCCCCCAGGUUUCUCACGAGGCCCAAGGCGGUCUCGGUGUGCAUGGGUAAGGAUGCCACUCUCAGCUGCACCAUCGUGGGGAACCCCAUCCCGCUCAUCACCUGGGAGAAGGGCAAACUCCGGCUGACCUCGGGGGGGCGCUUCAAGACGGUGGACGACGGCGACGUCUACCGCAUCACCAUCUACGACCUGGCCCUGGAGGACAGCGGCCAGUACCUGUGCCGCGCCAAGAACACUGUGGGGGAGGCCUACGCCGCUGUCACCCUCCAGGUGGCGCUGCCCUCGGAGAUGGCCCUGAGGGCGCCCGUCUUCAUGGUGAAACCCACCAACUCCCGCGUGGUUCUGGGGGGUAACCUGGUGUUCUACUGCCGGGUGGCGGCCCACCCGGAGCCCGCCUUCGACUGGGAGAAGGACGGCCGCUACAUGGGCGUGACCAACCGCAUCAAGAUCGUCUCGGACAGCGACAGCAGCUCCCUGAAGAUCCAGAGCGUGCGGAACCUGGACGCCGGCACCUACACCUGCAGGGUGCAGAACAGCUCGGGCCGGGCGCACGCCUCUGCCGUGCUCGCCGUGGACGCCCAGGACUCCCGCCAGCAAGGGGCGGCGGCGGAUAAGAACACCUCCCUGCUCUCGCACCUGCAGAAGCGCAAGGAGGACAUGAAGAAGGACAUCUCCGUCUACCGCACCGAGGACGGCGUCUCCUCAUCCUCCGUCUCCUCCUCCUCUUCCUCCUCCACCACCACCGCCAACAGCAGCAGCAGCAUCAGCAUCAAGGAUGGGCUGAGCGCUCUGAGUAUGGAGCAGCGCAUGAGGGCCUCGGCGCUGGCCAAGCUGCCCAAGGGCGUGUUUACCCGCACCUGCACGGUCACGGAGGGGAAGCACGCCAAGCUGAGCUGCUUCGUCACGGGCCACCCCAAGCCCCACAUCAUCUGGAGGAAGGACGGCUCCAACAUCAGCGAGGGCCGCCGGCAGGUCAUCUACGAGGACCAAGCGGAGAACUUCAUCUUGAAGAUCCUGUACUGCAAGCAGAGCGACAACGGCCUGUACACCUGCAACGCCACCAACAUGGCCGGGCAGACCUACAGUGCCGUGCUGGUGAUCGUCAAGGGUGAGUUUAUGAUCGGAGUGGUUCCUGCCAUGCCAGGCAGUGUUCGUUAUGAACUGAGGAUGAGUGUGGUAUAUUGUAUUUUAUGUAUCAUAUUUCCGAUGUUCAUCUCCAUUUGUUCAACAUUAUUGCCUCAAUGUUGUUGUGUUAUGUACACUGUGGACAUAAAACAAGUCUAGAUACCAUCUUAUUUAAAUGGACAUUUUAAAUGGUGGCUUCUAAUUAUUCCACAUAAAUUGGGCAAGUUUGGAGGAAAUAAGCCCAUUGUUUUCUAGACUUGCUGACAAAUGAUUAUCACUGAUAAAAUUGCUUUGAUUGAGACUGCAGUAUGGUGAAGAUAGAUUUUGGCUGCUGCGUGGUUUAUAGGUUGUUUGAAAUUGAGGUAGCAGCAAACUACUUUGAAGUCAACAACACAUAAAUGUGCGUACAUUCAAAUAGGCCAUAGACUCUUCAUUUCUUUCAUCAGUGUGACUGACUGAAUGAGUCAACAUGUACAACAUUGAAUUUAGCAGCACAUCAGCAAAUUCAAAGGUCGUGUAUGGGAUCAAGGCAGUCUUGAGUUCCCGAACAAAUGUCAGUCCUGUAACAAAUCCGCAUUGACAAAAGCUGAAGUGUCCCUUACAUAAGAACAUCGCCUCCCUCUUUAUCACACGCAGGCUCUCUUCCCUUCCCACUUUUGACUGAUCAUAUAGUAUUGCAUAGCAACUGGAGGUGCUAGAGGAAAUUACCCUGAAGGACGUGGCUGUAAUGUCCCUUUCAAUGGUUGAAGCUUUGAGUAUUUGGGUCUAUAAAACUCGAUAGCUUAAAGCAGGCCGUGUUCUUUCGAAGAGCAAACCGAAGUUCAUUGUGAGUGUAAUUGGUUCGGAGUGCCCCCUUGACAUGUGUUUACCGUCACACUGCAUGGCCGAACCCUGGCCGUGUCGCAGGGUGUUGUGUUUCGGGGCUAUUUUCUGCUGGUGAUGAGUACUUCCCGGUUGGAAUGAUGGCUAGUCACUCGCUUUAGCCUCCAAGCACCACCGUCAUGGGAGAUGUCUCUGAGUAGCUUUCCAUUGGACGCAAUGAAUAUCCACAGACACAUUGACUAUAAAUUGAUGUAGACACUAUUGAUUCAUUCAUUCGCAGUGAAGCCUUUGCACUUCAAUGUGUUGUUGUUAUGAAAUAUUGAAUGGUUUAACGAGUUUCUCAAGGGACUUCACUGCUUUUCUCAUUAAACCUCCGGGGUAUAAUACUAAAUAUCACUUGCUAAUAGCCUAUAUCCACUCUGCCACAUACUCCUUAUAACAUGCAGAACUAAAACAGAUGCUCAAACACAUGCAACUGAGAAUCUAUGUCUCCCCUUUUCUCAUUAUCAGUUUUCCUCUUGUAGCCCGACCAAUGUAUUGUUUGUCCGAUUUUAUCGGCCGAUAAAACCGCUAAAAGCUUCUUAGAGUUAAGCCAUUUGACGUCAUGUUCCGUGGGAAGGUUCGUAGCUCCUCUCCAUACAGUUAUUUGGUUCCUUUAGCUCAUGGUUUUAAUGUGAUGUUGCUAUGGCCUGAAGCAUUGCUGGAGUGUGAACAGCAACCCUGGAGGAGCUUGUCUACCCCCUAACACAAUAUCUAUAGAAUAACGGCCGAUAUAUUAUGAAUAUUGGACAUUCCUAUCCUUAAUGUUUAUAUCGGCAUUGUCCACUAAAACCGAGUAUCGAUCAGGCUCUACUUUUGAAUGCUAAUGAAUU